AUGGCCGCAAAUCUACGAAAAUACAAGUUUGAGGCCUCCUCCAGCCCAAAGCCCAGCGCAGCCUCGGUGAAAAGUUUGAGUGACCCAGCUCCCUCCGCCCACGCACCCGCUAGCCAAGCAACGAAAGCUCCAAAGGCUAGCUCUAGCAUCAUGGACCCAGAAACAAUCAAAGCGGACAUCCUAGCCUCACUACGCCAAGACUUCUCAGCGAUUAUCAAAGGUGAAAUGAGAGAAGCACUCCGCGACAACUUUGAAUCACUUAAAACGCAGAUUGAAGACGUAAAAACUGAGAUUAAGAACAAGACCGCAGCUCUCCGGGCGGAGGUAGACCAGGUAAAAGCUAACGUGAGAUCAGUAGAAGACCACAUGUCCACCAUGUCUGACGAGAUGAUACAAGCACAGGGUCAAGUGUCUGAUCUCCAAGCAGAAGUAAAGAGGCUUAAGGAGAAAUGUGAAGACAUGGAGGGGCGCAUGCGGAGGGGAAAUAUCAGUGUCGGGGGUGAGUGA